AUGAUCGUUUCCAACGUGAGCCUGAGCUGUGCGUACUGUCCCGGGGGAGGAGCCGGUGGCACGGAGGCGACGGAUGCGUACGAAGAGGUGUCCGGUGCUCUCUCUCCUCCGUCCCUGAGCCCUACGGGGCACCUGGUGGUGGCGGUGUGCCUCGGCUUCAUCGGGACUUUCGGGUUCCUCAGUAACUUCCUGGUGCUCACGCUGUUCUGCCGGUACCGGACUCUGCGUACGCCCAUGAACCUCCUGCUGGUGAGCAUCUCUGCCAGCGACCUUCUGGUCAGUGUCCUGGGCACCCCGUUCAGCUUCGCGGCCAGCACCCAGGGGCGGUGGCUGAUCGGACGCGCUGGGUGCGUUUGGUACGGGUUCGUUAACGCAUGUUUGGGCAUCGUCUCCCUGAUAUCCCUGGCCGUUCUGUCCUAUGAGCGCUACUGCACCAUGAUGGCACCCACAAUGGCCAACGGCAGAGACUACCGCCCUGCGCUAGGAGGAAUCUGCUUCUCCUGGCUUUACUCUGUGGCCUGGACUGUUCCUCCACUGCUGGGCUGGAGCAAAUAUGGGCCGGAGGGUCCCGGCACAACCUGCUCAGUCGACUGGAGGACCCAGACUGCGAACAAUAUCUCCUACAUCGUUUGCCUGUUCACCUUCUGCCUGGUCCUGCCCUUCGGUGUCAUCGUCUACUCCUAUGGCAAGCUGCUGCAUACUAUCAGACAGGUCCGCAGUGUGAGUUCGGUGGUGACCCGUCACAGAGAGCAGCGGGUGCUGGUGAUGGUCGUCACCAUGGUGGUGUGCUACCUGGUCUGCUGGUUGCCGUACGGCGUCGCUGCUCUGCUCGCGACCUUUGGGCCCCAUGACCUUUUAACUCCAGAGGCGAGCAUCACGCCAUCACUGCUGGCAAAGUUCUCCACAGUCAUCAACCCUUUUAUCUAUAUAUUCAUGAACAAACAGUUCUACAGGUGUUUUAGGGCAUUCCUCAAGUGCUCCACCCCCGAGCGAGGCUCCACCUUAAAGACAUUUUCACGGGCAACCAAGACACUCCGCACUGUCCGCCAGGAGAACGAUGUCCACGUGUCUGCUCCAGCCCCCUCCUCUGCCCUGCCCACGCCCAACUCCAUCCACGGGUCCUCGCAGGGGGCCAAUCACAUGGCGGCUCCAUCGGCAUCAAAUCAAGACUCUGCCGCCUCCCACUCGCCUCCCGCUAACAGCCCCAAACCUAAACUGAUUCUGGUGGCUCACUACAGGGAAUAAGAGCAGAGAAACAACAGCAACAGGAGCUCAAUGUUUAGAGAGGGAGCAACGAGCAGGGGUGCAGGUCUCCAAUUAAGAAAAAAAAUCCUCUUAAUAGUAGAAAAUAUCGAGCGCAAAGUGAGCUCAGUGGGAGUCUUAAAUACAAGCUGGGAUGUUUUAAUCCCAGAACACUUUAUCGUUGCUCUGUGCAGUCGGCGAACAGGGAUACACACAAAAUGCCAUUCUCAUCCUGCUUAGCAGAGGCACUGUAUACAAAGCAGAAGAAAGAUAUGAAGACUAGGGCUAAACAUACUGUAAUUCUUCAUGUUAAGAUUACAGACUUCUGCCAAUAGAAUGUACUUGCUGAAAUCACAUCCAUCGUGCUCAAGCGCACAAAGGUUGCAUUAAAGCUCACUUACCUUUGCAUAGAGUUUUUCAAAAAGGGCCUCGAAGGAUGGAGGAACAAACUCUCAUUAGUUUAUGCAGUUUUUUUCUUGGUACAGUGAAAUGGCGCCCGUUUCUUCCGUUCACCAGGGUGAUUAAUUUUAGUUUAUUUUAUGGAAAAAGGUCAGGGCUUUAGAGUCAGAACACUACCCACACAGAGCCAACACGGAGAGGCUGAUUACAAAAAGAGACAUCCGCUGUUUGGAAAAAUUGAUGCCUGGUUUUACAAAAGUGCUUGAAAGUAACUCACGCUGUGGGCAAGCACUGAAGAGAUUAUUCAUCCUUGGAGAGCUCUGCUUGCAAAACAAAUGUUUAAGAGGACAUACUCAUGUUUGAGGAAGAUACAUAUAAAGUAGCUUUCGGAAAUUAAGUGUUUCUGGAAUAAAACCCUUUAUUUGUGUGGAUUCAGAUGUGUAUAUUUUUGGAAGAUUUGUUAAUGAAUGUGAAGUGUGUAGAAUCUUAAGGGGAAAGUGUGUUAGCUACGUGCCAAGAAUUGGCAUGUUUAUUAGGCCGGUAUUAGCAUGUUAGCAACGGACACGGAAAUAAGCACGAUCGCACUUUAUUGAUUCAGACGAACCAGAUGGAGAGGAAGACGUGAAAUUGCUUUCGCGCUGCCCCAGUAAUACAAUUACAAAAAAUUUAAAAAUCCACAUAAAUAGGUCAAGCCUUUUUUUUUCCUUGUGUUGAUGAGGUAUCUUUGUUACACAACUAAAUAACAUUCCUUCUUAAUCAGAGAAAUAAUUCAGGAACAUUUUGGAGAAGCACAUCGUUCUUUGGUGGAGAUUUCGGUUGUCACUGUUUGGUGAUUUAUUCUUUUUUUAAAGUGAGAUAUUUUGUCGGCUAAAGUGUGUUAGUAGAAUUUUUCUUUAAUUCGGUUGAAGAAGGGAUUAAGCAUUUUUUUUUCUUGACCCCGUUUCCAUGUCUGAUAUUUGAGGAUCUCGUACAGAGCGUCAAAGAUCUAUUGAACAAUUUUAUGCAGUUCAGAACUGAGAAGGUUUUUAGUAUGCCUUUAUUUCCUCUUUGCUGCAUUUAGGCCCUCUGUCAUUAAUGCUGGGACUAUGGAAGCCAUUAAAGGAAUAUUUCACCAUGUUAUGAGGGACAUGUAAAGAGAUUUCACUGUUUCGAGUUGUCUCGGUGUUUCUGUAGCUGCUGUUUCUCUUUGUUUAGUGGAAAAGUGAUUUUGU